AUGAUUGACAAUCCCUCCGGAGUCUUGCAGACCAACCCAGUGCCGAUUGUAGCCCAAUUGGCCAUGGAAUAUCUGACAGAGAACAGCGAGGAUGAGUAUCGUCAGAGGCGGAGUGGCAGUGCGACUUGCUGCAGCGCUUUCGACUCGUUUCUACGUUGGAUUCCGGUGAUCUUUAUUGGCGCGGUGCUGGUCUAUUCGUACUACGUGUACGUGUGGCACUUGUGCCUGCACAAAAUGCCAAACGCUGCGCUGAUGGGUGCACUUCUGCUCUGGUAUCACCUGCUGCUGCUGAUGUUCCUUUGGACCUACUGGCGCACAUUACGGACAAAGUGCAGGCCCAUCCCUGAUGAGUGGAGCAUCCCGGAAGCGGAUUGGGUGCGCCUGCAGCGAGCCGACGGUCUGGAGGAGCGAAGGAGCAUUCUGGCAGCCAUUGGCCGGGCACUGCCCAUCACGGUGUGCGAUCAGAACGGUGUCGUGCGGUACUGUGUCCACUGUCGGCUGAUCAAGCCGGAUCGGGCGCACCACUGCCGCAUCUGUGGCUGCUGCAUCCUCAAGAUGGACCACCACUGCCCCUGGGUGAACAACUGCGUGAACUUCCACAACUACAAGUUCUUUCUGCUGUUCCUCGCCUACUCCUCGCUCUACUGCCUGGACAUUCUGGUGACGCUGAUGCUCGACCUGCACCAGGCCUGGGGCAUUGACUUUGACAACGUGGACAUGGACUCGCUGCUGACCAUCAUUCCCAUGAUCUUUGCCUUGAUUUUCACCACGGCCGCACUCAUUAUGCUGGGCAUGCACAUUUACUUUGUGCUGUUGAAUCGCACCACCAUGGAGUCGGCAUAUUCGCCAACAUUCUGCGCGGGUGGACGCACACGGAAAGCCUUCGAUCUGGGCUGCUGCGAGAAUCUGCGCGAGGUAUUCGGCGAUCGUUGGUACCUCUGGCCGCUGCCCAUCUACAGCAGCCGCGGCGAUGGCCUCACCUUUUCCACAUCAUACGAGAGUCGAGAUGGAUCUAUCAGUUCUACUGCUGUGUAAUCAAU